AUGAAAAAAUUGAUUAUAUCCUUGAGCAGCCUUUCUCCAGAGACAACCACUGAGGACUUAACUAAAGAAAAUGUGGCUACUUAUAACAAACGCAGUGAUAAUGAUAAUACUACAAUAUGUGUGAUGCUUGCAACAAUGUCACCUGAGUUGCUAAAGUAUCAUAAGUGUAUGGAUGCUUACACUAUGAUUUUUCAUCUCAAGGAAUUGUAUGACGAACACUCAUGUGUGAAAAGAUAUAAGAUUUUCAAGAAGCUACAACAAUGCAAAAUGGCAAAAGAAUCUUCAAUCAAUGUUUAUAUACUAAAGAUGAUUGGCUUUAUUGAGAAGUUAGCUCGAUUGCGUUCAAUGAUGGACCAAAAACCAAGUGUUAACUUGGUUCUACAAUCUCUACCAAAGAGCUAUUCACAAUUUAUCAUGAAUUUAAACAUGAAUAAGUUCGAGUGUGCACUCCUUGAGUUGUUGAACAUGCUUAAAACUGUUGAGCCCAACAUCAAAGAAAUACCAAAUGAAGUUCUAAGAAAACAUUCAACAAGGUUAAGUGCAAUAACAAGACCAUCAAAGCAAACAAGGACAAUAACAAGUCUGAUGUCUGCUCUACCAUUGUGGAAUGAAAAGUCAAUUGAAGAGGAAAUUAAAGGCUUACCUCUCCAGCUUGAAGGGAAAAAAGUCAUCUGA